AUGGCAUCCCUCCCCAAGACGUACAAGGCGGCGGUUGUCGAGUCUAAGAGCGCGCCUCUCAAGAUUGUCGACCAGGAGCUGAAGCAGCCUGGCCCUGGCCUCAUCCUCGUCAAGGUGCUGGCUUGCGGUGUCUGCCACUCAGACGUGGGUAUGCAGGAGGGCGGGUUUGGCGACGUGUUCCCCCGGAUUCCAGGCCACGAGAUUGUCGGCGAUGUGGUGGCCGUCGGCGAGGGCGUAAGCAGGUUCUCUGGCGGAGAGCGAGUUGGAGGCGCCUGGCACGGAGGUCACGACGGAACGUGCAGACAGUGCCAGAAGGGCUUCUUCCAGACGUGCGACAACGAGACGGUCAACGGCGUGUUCCGCGACGGCGGGUACGCGCAGUACGUGCUGCUCCGGUCCGAGGCGGCGGUGCGGGUGCCCAAGGAUGUGGACCCGGCCGAGACGGCGCCGCUGCUCUGCGCUGGAGUGACGGUGUUCAACAGCAUCCGCAAGAUGCAGAUUGAGCAGGGAAACAUUGUGGCGAUCCAGGGCCUGGGCGGCCUCGGGCAUCUUGCGGUGCAGUACGCCAGCCGCAUGGGCUACAAGACGGUAGUGCUCAGCUCAGGGUCGUCCAAGAAGGAGUUCGCGACGAAGCUGGGCGCGCACGUGUACAUCGACUCGAGCGCGUCGGACCCCGUCAAGGAGCUAAAGAAGCUUGGGGGCGCAUCGCUCAUCAUCGCGACGGCGCCGAACCCCAAGAUCAUCUCGCCGCUUACCGGGGGUCUGCAGGCGGGCGGCAAGCUCUGCGUGCUCGCGCCGGUUGGCAAUCUCAAGGUUAACACGAUCGAUCUCAUCGUCGGCGGAAAAUCGGUCUGUGGCUGGCCCAGCGGGCACCAGAUGGACUCGGAAGAGGCCAUCGACUUUGCGGCGACGCACGGCAUCAAGUGCAUGAUUGAGCGCUUUUCCCUCGACGACGCGAAGAAGGCGUCGGAGCACAUGCUGUCCAACAAGGUCCGCUUCCGCAGUGUGUUGGUCAUGGAGUAA